AUGUUUUCGAACUUGUCCAGCUGGUUCUACGGAAGUAACGCUACCGAAAAAAGUGACGAAGUUGUCGUCACUGAUCCUUGCCCAGACUCUUUAAUCGAAGUUGACGAAAACUUCGAACCCAUCGAAAUUGACGAAUCUGACGACUGGGUUAUCCUUGGAAAAGGUGAAUCUGAGUCCGAUUCUAAAAAGACUGAUGAUGAAGGGUGUGGAGUGGUUGUUGAUCGCCACAGUCGAUCAUCUUCUUCCUGUCAAAAUGAAGAAGGCUGGUUUGUUACUCCUCCUCCUUGCUUCACGUCUGUUGGUCCAGCAGACAUGGAGACGACACCUUUGGAGAAUCUUCUCAUUGAACAUCCAAGCAUGUCUGUAUAUCACAGCCCCACUGUGAGUUCAAUAAUGCCCGAGAGAAGAACUCUGGCCUCAAUUGCGAGUAAUAGCGAGUCGUUUGAUGACGAUACGCCAAUAGUCUUUGAAGCCGUGAAAUGCAAAGAAAAAUUACCUAACAUCCCAAGAAAAGACACUGAAAAAUCUGUGCCCCUUGAUGAAUUCAAAAUUGCACCUGAAACUAUUUUGGGCAAUGUACCAAGUGUUUUGUCAUCUCCCGUUGUUGAGAUUAAAAAAGUCGAACGUUCUCAAACGGAAAUGUUUCCAGUAUUGGCUCCAAUUGCUAAGGCCAAAGUAUGCUCUCCACCAGCUAUUCGUAGCUAUAAAGAAGUAGCUGCAUCAUUAAAACGAAGACAACCAAAAAAUGACAUGUCUGAAAUAAAACACGUUAAAAUUGAAUCCAAAGUCGAAGUUGUUGAGUCAGCCUCAAGCAGUUUUGCCUAUGGAAGAAGAAACACGACAGUUGUGGAAAGUCUUUACUCCUAA